CAGGUGCACUAACUCAUUCAAAAUGGCGUCGGAAGUAUCCACGAGCUUAUACCCAGGUGCCCAGAAAGCUCCAUCACCUUCGGCAAGAACUCUCAACUUCUCCAUAGCGAAAAUCAUGGAACCCGAUAAUAAAUCGAAGAAACCCGCAGAACUAGAAAACACCACUGACAGCAGAGUGCUCAACUUAUCUCAACCGAACUCAUUCGAAUCCGCUUUCAAAAAAUACGUACCCAACGUUCUGAGAUCGCCCGAGCUGCUACAGAACUACCCCCUGGUAUACUACCACCCUAGUCAACUGAUGUCUGUAUACACCUCCUCCAUUGGGCAAGAACCACCCGGAAGCAGUUCUGCAGGAGUCAAUCCCUUGCCCCUACACUUCAGCCCUGUCAAAACUAGUCCGAAUAAGUCUCCGACGAAGGCCAACUUAGCUACAAGCUCUACUCCUCCAUCAAGCACCAUCCUGACCCCGAAACAGAAAAGCUUCGAAUGUGGGGAAUGCGGAAAAGUAUUCAACGCCCACUACAAUCUGACAAGGCACAUGCCGGUGCACACAGGCGCUAGACCGUUCGUCUGCAAAAUAUGUGGCAAAGGCUUCAGACAGGCUUCAACAUUGUGCAGGCACAAGAUAAUCCAUACGUCGGAGAAACCUCACAAAUGCCACACCUGUGGCAAGGCUUUCAACAGAUCAUCUACUCUGAAUACGCACGCGCGGAUACACGCAGGCUACAAACCAUUCGUCUGCGAGUUUUGCGGCAAGGGUUUCCACCAAAAAGGGAACUACAAGAAUCACAAACUCACUCACAGCGGGGAGAAGGCAUACAAGUGCUCAGUUUGCUCAAAGGCUUUCCACCAAGUGUAUAACCUCACUUUCCACAUGCACACCCACAACGACAAGAAACCGUUCACUUGUAGAGUGUGUGGUAAAGGUUUUUGCCGCAACUUCGAUUUGAAGAAGCACAUGAGGAAGCUGCAUGACAACAGCGGGAACUGUCUGGACUCCGAGUAUGUUUCUGGGUCCUCUCAAGGUGCUACUCCACCUUCUUAUGUCGGUGAUAGGGGUGUUCACCACUUCAUAAGUCCAUUCAUACGGCCUCCCAUGUCUGUUCCUUUGUAUUCCACGAAGCUGUUGUGACCCACGUAUUAGUUCUGAAUUUUGCCAGUGCUAUACUAAAAAGUGAUUUAACC